AUGGACAAUCAUAAUUCUUUUUGGACAUCAACAUCACUUGACUUUCCUGAACAAGAACUCAUGUUAGCUUCCAGAUAUCCCAAGAAGCCAGCGGGCCGAAAGAAGUUUAGGGAGACAAGACAUCCUGUUUAUCGCGGAGUUCGUCUGAGGGAUUCCGGAAAAUGGGUGUGCGAAGUUCGAGAGCCGAACAAGAAAUCAAGAAUUUGGUUAGGCACUUUUGCAACAGCCGAAAUGGCAGCUCGAGCUCAUGAUGUAGCGGCUUUAGCACUCAGAGGACGAUCUGCUUGCUUGAAUUUCGCUGACUCAUCGUGGCGGCUGCCAAUUCCAGCUUCGAGUGAUGCAAAAGAUAUUCAAAAGGCCGCGGCCGAAGCAGCAAAGGCCUUUGAGCCAAUGGAGACGAAGGUAGACGAGUCUAAACUUGAAAAUAACUCGGCCUCCGCCUCCGCCUCCGCCUCUGUCUCCGCCGCCACUGCCGAUUUCAGCGCGGAAAUCGGAGACGUACUUGGCGACGUUACAAUUUUCACCGCUGCUGGUGAGCCUCUCAUGCUUAAGAAUCUCUGGGACCAAAGCCAGGGAAUUGCUGUUGUUGCGCUUUUGAGGCAUUUUGGAUGUAUUUGCUGUUGGGAAUUUGCUUCAGAAUUGAAAGAGUCGAAAUCGAGAUUUGAAGCUGCUGGUGUUAAACUUAUUGCAAUUGGUGUUGGUACUCCUGAUAAAGCUCAAAUCCUGGCAGACAGGUUACCGUUUCCAAUGGAUUGCCUAUAUGCUGAUCCUGACCGCAAGGCCUAUGAUGUAUUGGGAUUAUACUAUGGCUUCGGACGGACAUUCUUCAAUCCAGCUAGUGUUAAGGUGUUCUCAAGAUUUAAUUCUCUACGCCAAGCUUUCAAAAACUACACCAUUGGAGCGACUCCAGAUGAUAGAAGUGGUGUCCUGCAGCAGGGAGGGAUGUUCGUCUUCAAAGGGAAGCAGCUACUAUAUGCUCGGAAAGAGGAAGGAACAGGAGAUCAUGCUUCCUUAGAUGAUGUCUUCGACAUAUGCUGCAAGUCUCCAGUUGCAUGAAGUUUUAAUGCAGCAAUCUUCCAAAAAUAGGGUAAUUACUUUGUGUAAAAAAUAUUGUCAAAAACAAAACUUUGUAUAAAAAAAAAUUAUGUCGUUUAUCUAUGAUAAUUCAUGGUUUGUAA